AUGACCUUCAUCGGACUCUUUUUCAAUGGAUUUAUUGUGAUAAUGAAUUGAAUUUGGUGGCUGCAGACUAAAAAGCUACAAACCAUCGAUAUUAUUAUUACAAGUGUGGGGCUCUGCAGAUUUUUUUUUCUGUUCAUUAAUAUUUUCAAUGUAUUUUACUUGGCUUUCUUACCCAGAAGAGACCAGCUGAGCCUUGUUCUGGACAUUUCUCUGAUAAUCACUUUGUUUCUAACAUACUGUGGCAUCUGGUUUGCAACACUGCUCUGUGUUUUCUAUUGUGUGAAUAUCACCACCUAUAACUACAGAUUAUUCAUCUACAUGAAGCUGAACAUGCGCAGGAUAUUGCCUUUGUUGUAUAUAGUAAUGGUGAUAUCUUCAUUUAUCUCCCUUCUUCCCUCUGUAUUGUUUGCCUUCCCAGAACAUUCUGUAAAUUCUACAACUGGAUUCAGUAACAGAAGUGAGGAAAAAAAUAUCCACUUUGUAAAAGAAAAUUCUGGUCGCUUAAUCUCAAACCUUGUAGGAUCUGUUUUACCAUUACCCAUAUUUUGUUUUGCAAUUUGUCUUCUGAUUAGAUCCCUCUGUAAUCACAUCAGACAUAUGACCAACGAGAACUCAGAAAUACAGAAUCCUCAGCUUCAGGCUCAUUUCAGUGCAAUUCAAAUUAUGUUGUCUUUUUUUAUUUUACACAUCAUAAAUAGUAUAGCACAAUGUCUGUGGUCAUUUAUCAAACAGACCACAAAUGAAAUUUCGAUAUCGCUUCUUAAUAUUCCUACUAUAAUGUAUCCAAGCCUGCACACUGUUAUUUUGAUUUUCAGUACCAUAAAACUCAAACAGGCUCUUGUGAGUAUCAUGUAUUGCUACCGUCCAAAUAACAAUUUCCAUCUAACUUCAGUUAACUAA